AUCAUUGCACUAUAUUCCGUGUUUGCUUCUUACGCUACGUUAUUUAUCCGUGGUUUAUAUGAAUGUGAAUUAGUUGUUUACGGUAAAUGAUGUAUAAGUAUUGGUAUUCGUUUUAAACAGUCUGCUGUAUAAGGAGUCAUGGUUGGAAUGUGGAAACCAGAGCCCCCACAUGAGGAGUACGAUGAGAAUCUAUUCACGGCUGAAACAGGAAUUGUUGUAGUGGAGCAAGAUAGUUCUGACAGUGAGGAUGAAGAUGCAGUUCACAGUGGUUAUCAACUUCUUGCACAAGGACCAAACGAUCUUAAUAAUACUGAAAAUGAAGAUGAUUCGGUGAGUGCCGACAUUCUUCCCGGAUCAUCCGUGGCAGAUGUCAUCGUUGCUGACCCUGUAGACUCAGAAGACGCUGGUGCUUCACACGUGGUCUUAGAUCAGUGUAACCUUGAAAAUGACAGACGUGCUGAAGUGAAAGAGUUGUGGUCUGGUUCUUCGAAUGGUAACGCCAUUGAAAUGGGGUUGGAUCAAGCUGAACGAGUGAGAAUUGCCAUGGAAAAAUUUUCCCUUCCCCCAUUAUCAAUACCUGCGUGGGCGCUCGAGGUGUCGGGGGAGCAGUGGAAACAGCAGUUACUGGAUCGAGCUAAAAGACUACAGCAGGGCGACUGACGACCAGAAACUUCAGGAGCUUCAGGAAGGUAAUUUGAACUUCGAUUAUCUUCAGAAAAUAACUUAUUGAAGACAAUUUGCUUUUACCUAUUGAAUGUAUUUGUUCCUUAGUCGUAUCAUCGUCCAUUUUUGAAUACUGGAUGCUGGGUUUCUGUUUAUGUAGAUUGAGUUCUGUAAAAGAAAGUACACCGUGUUCUUAUAAUAGCUUUCUGUGGGGCUGGAUUAGUUUUUAUUGCUAAUUAAUUGUUCCUGUAAUAAUGUUACUUAUUGUGGAGUAAAGUGAAAUGUCAAAUUCUGA